AGAGGGAUGGUCUGCGUCAUCACCGACGUCAUCGUCACUACGACAACACAAGUCUCGUCCGACGUUUUCCGAAUAAACUUCUUGGAUUGUUUGAAGCACGUCAAAGUGUCGACACGGGGCUUCCAGACCUCCUGACAGAAAAGGCGACUACCGCAGUUAGGUUGACUGACUGGCUGGUACAUUUCGGUGCACUUUGAAGCUUCUGCAGGCAGUUAGCUUAAAUUAGCCUAGCUGAGUGCAGCUUGCUAGCUGCGAACAAAGAGAAGCGGAAGUGAGCGAAAAGUGUGUGAAAAUGUGUAAAGUGGAAAUGCUGAAGGCGUUGCUAAAUCAACGACUCAGUGCGGCCGUCGACGAAAUAUUUGGACUUUUUGCAAGAACGAUAGCAGAGUACGAGGAGGAACUUUGUCGGACCAAAGAGGAGAACGAGAGACAACGUCAACUGCUGCACGCCGUUUUCAGGCCUCAAGCUGAAUCCCUUGGAGCAGAUGUCAGUGAGGAAGACCUUCCCUCCGAACAGCACAAGCGGGGCUUCGGGGUGGAGCGGCAAGAUCCAGAGGUCGUGCAAAUCAAAGAGGAAGAAGAGGAGGCUGACAUUAGCGAGUCGUCAUUGACUGGUGUCCCUUUCAAGAGUGAGGACGAUGGGCAGCAGUCACAGCUUCUUCACCAUCAAAGUGAGAAGAACAGACGGCUGCAGGCUCCAAGCGGUUGCUCAGCAAAUGACGGAGGAGAAUCGCAGACAGCAGACGGCCUCCUAUCGCCGCUCUCGGAUCAUGACAGUAACACCUCGCACUCUGAAGGCAAUAUGGCACGGCGUACGAACAACACACCCUUCAAGUGCUCUCACUGUGACAAAACAUUUGGUAGCAAGUAUACUUUGACAAGGCACAUCAAAAGUCACACGGCUGGGAAAGAACACUGGAAAUGCUCUCAAUGUGGGAGAACUCUUGGCGACAGGAGGAAUCUGAGAAGACACAUGAUGGUUCACACAGGAGAAAAGCCAUUCAUGUGCUCAAUUUGCGGGAAAAGGUUCUCUCAGAAGGCCAACUUGAUCACGCACACAAGAACGCACACCGGCGAGAAACCGUUUUCCUGCUCACUGUGCGGCAAACGAUUUGGCGAUCGUUCUGCAUUGAUUCAGCACAAGAAAACACACGCUGCCGGGGCCAAACGUUUUGCCUGUUCGGUGUACAACCCGAGUUUCAAUGUUCAUUCAAAUUCGGGGCAACACAUGAGGACACCCGCAGGGAAGAAACCGUCGGCUUAGUUUGCUCUCAGAGCUGCACUGAGAAAGAUCUUUGACACAUAUCAGGUCAACCGAAUAAACAGGGUACAUGAUCACACUUUUUAUUAGUUUACCAAGCCUCUGAUAAAAGCUCAACCAGUAAUGCUGUUUACAUAUACUGUCUUAGUUGUGCCGCAAAUGCUCAGCAUUGUGUGCUGUUGUCAAAUGACUUUAAACCGCAGUGAAGUUUGCGUCCGUAAUGUUUUGAAAAUGAUGCUGAUGUCUCAGUAUCAGCUUAAAGUAUGCUUUAUACAGCACACUGGUGUUUUUGUUUAUUAAAACACACAAUAAAAACGGUGAAAUGAA